CAUGGCAUGUCUUGGCUCAAUUUGGCUUGGCAUGGCACGGCUCAGUGUGCCGUGACAUGGCUCUGCUCAGCACCGCUCAGAGUGGCACGGCUCUACUCAGCUCAGCAUGGCUUGGCAUGGCUCUGCUUGCCUCAGAUUGGCACAGCUCAGCAUGGUUCAGUGUGGCAUGGCUCUACUCAGCAUGGUUGGGCUUGGCACAGUUUGGCAUGGCAUGGUUUGGUACAGCUCAGCAUGGUUCAGCGUGGCGUAGCUCUGCUCGGUACUGUUUGGCUUGGCAUAGUGCAGCGUAGCACGGUUUGGUACAGCUUGGCACAGCUCAGCAUGGUUCAGCGUGGCAUGGCUGGGGUCAGCUCAGCACGGUUCAGCUUGGCACAGUUCAGCAUAGCAAGGUUUGGCAUGGCUGGUUUUGGCACAGCUCAGCAUGGUUCAGAUUGGCACGAUUUGGCGUGGAACAAUUUCACAUGACUGGGUUUGGCACAGCUUAGCAUGGUUCAGAGUGGCAUGGCUCAGCUCAGCACGGUUUAGCUUGGCACAGUUUGCCAUGGCAUAGUUUGGUACAGCUGGGUUAGGCAUGACUCAGCUUAGCCUCACUCAGCCCAAUAUGGCACAGCAUGUCCUGAUCCAGCACGGAAUGGUUAGCAUGGCUCAGCACACAGCCCACAACUCAGUUCGGUACGGUUUGACUGGGCAUGGUAUGGCUUGGUAUGGUUCAGCUCAACUUGGCACCAUUCGGUAUGGCACAGCUCAGCCUUGCUCGGCUCAGCAUGGCAUGGCUUGGUUCAGCGCACUUUGGCUGGGCAUGGCAUGGUUCAGCUCUGCAUGGCCCAAUGCAGCAUGACUUGGCACUAUUCAGCACGGCAUGACCCGAUCUGGCACAAGACGAUUUGGCGUGGCUCAGCACGGCUAAGAUGCAGUGCGGAAUGGCACAACCCGGGUCCAUCGGGCCCCACUGGCGAGCCAUGCCCCUGGGCGAGGCGGGCAGUGGCGUAUCUCCCUGCCACCCGGCACAAGGAGGCAGCCAGAGCAUCAGGGGAUGAUGCGGAAUACAAAUAACAUUGAAGACCUGGAAGGAAAGGUCUCAAACGUGGGCUGCGCUGCUGUGGGCCGAGCAAAGGCACACAUCUCCGUGUGUAAAACCAGAAUCCUCAACCGCCUUGGGAAGACAAGGAUGUUUCCUUCUUCCCCCGGUGGAUCUCGUGUGAAAACAGCUGAAAACAAAUAUUUUCAAACCUCCCAGUAGCAGGAAUUGGAGCGUCUCAGCACCGCGGGCACCCGCCGGGGAUUUGGUUUAGAGAAGAUGUGACCGGACUCAUGUCAAGUGUGGAGGUUCACAUUCUCUCCCUGGAAAAACUACAACCGACUUGAAAUCAAGUAUUAAAUGGGGACAUCUAGGGGAAACACCUGAUGGUGCAGCUGCGCUUGACAACAUCUCUGGGUUUAACAUAAGGCUUAGUGGUAAACGGUUGGCGAGGCAAACCCAGUGAUACGGACACCGCUUACACCAGCGUGUGUGUUUUUCCCCAUAUACACAUCCCGUUAAUGAGCCAAGAAUGGAGGUACAGGAGCGGGUAUGUCCAUUCUGAUGUGUAAUGCAGGCGAUACUCAGCGCAGGCGAUACUCAGCAAAGGCUCUCGCUUAGAGAACAUCUGGGCUUGGAGAUGUCUUGUUAGUUCCCUCAUAUACUGUACCUUAGAGCAUGGGGGCUGAUCAUCAUCUCUCUUUGUCUUUGCUGUUAAGAAAAUAAUAGGUUUAUCUUGGUCUGAUCAGCCCUCAGAUCUGUAUUGGGAAUUUUCCAAUACUGAUGCUUGAAAUACUAUUUAAAAUUCCGAUUCCCAGAAAUUUGUAACUGUAAGAGAAUUUCAGCUGCCUUGUAUGAAGAAAGUUUCGCAUUCUCCUACUUCUUCCCUGUAGGAAAAACAAGCUGAAAAUGCAGGUCAAGUGUAUCCCUCAAACAGAAAGAAAUUGAAAAUAAUUGAGCACGUUUUUUCACCUACCUUCACAGCGUUUGGAUCUGAUCUGAUACAAUGUAUGGAUGUGGCACUUACUCACUGGAGUAAGAACAGACUAGAACAGAAUCAGAGUGACUACUUUCAAAAUGUCAUGCAUUUAAUCUCAAUUAUUCCGGUGUUUUAACUGUGCGGGUUUUUUAAGUUAUCGUUCUUAUUGACAGUAGCAUUUUUACUUUAUUAUACUAGGGGACUUUGGCAUUGUACACAACCAUGGAAACUUUGUUUGAAUGGAACCCCUGGAGAUCAUCUAGGCCAGCUUCCCACUUGGAGCAGGAGUGUCACCAGCACUAGGACGGGUCAGACAACAUUCUGUCCAGCAGAGACUUGAAAAGCCCCCCAGGAUGGUGUGGACAUGACCUCCUGGGGUUACUCGCAUCAGGGAACACCACCAUCCUGGGGUUUUCCUAAUGUCCCAUUGGACCUCAUACGCUGCUGCCUGUGGUCAUUAUUCUGUCAUCUGCCUCCCAGGUAAGUGUUUGACUCAGUCAUCUUUGUAAUUGCCCCUACAAGAGCUGCAAGCGUAUUUUGGGAAUAUCUAUCCUUAUCAGGUGCUGUAAAGAUAGGGAAUCCAAGAUAAAUCUUGUGCCAAAAGGUAGGUAGAUGUCCAAGGCUAGGCUGAUGGGGUCAGGGCUCAGAGAGGUGAUUUCUCUGCUGGCAUAAAUUUUGAACACUCAAAAAAAGCGUUCAAAAAAACACCUUCAAAAGUUUCUGAGCAGCUCUGAUUCAGCACAGCUUUUUGAGGGCUGUGCCACUUUUUGUCUGGCACUUGAUACCCUAUAAGUGAUUUGCUUGGCUCUGCAGUGAAAGAGAAUGAGCCAUUUGACUGCUUUCCACCUGUUUCUUGCAGAAAGCUCACAGGUGUCAGCCAAGUCAGCAAACAAGGUUAUUAUCUAUCUAUUAAUUACUACUUCUUACUAUUUCUCAAGUGACACCUAAAAGAAAGAGAAUAUAAACCUCAGAAGUGCAAAAAACCACUGAAUCUGUCCCAAGAUCCUCUGAUCUUAUGGACAGAUGCACAAGGAUCACCCUUAGCAUAAGCCAUGACUGCCCGGAGCCAGCGCAGACUCAGCAGCGUCAGCAGAGCCAAGCUCUUGCUCAGCAUCACAACGCAAGGAGAAGGAACUGCUGACCUGCCUGAAGACUACGUACAGCUCUGUGCUUUAAAUGUUGGGUUACAGAGAGUCUAUUGACGAAAAUAAGCCAGUGGAGUCUGAUUUUAUCAGCAUUAUUCAUGGUAUAAGUUAGGGGAAAGGAAUAAAGAGUGGUUUCAAUGGUUGUUGCUGUGCUGGAUUGGACUUGGGUUGGUAGAGGAAAGGGGGAUAAACAGUUAAUGUAACUGUAAGAGCAGUUCAGCUUCCUAACAGCUACCUUGAACAAAAAAUUAGGCACUCAAAAGCUGCCAUCUCUGAGCUACAGCUCCCAGACAUGUCAUGCAGGACACUGUCAGGUACUGGAAACUAAAAACAUCAAAGCCCUGGCUAAGAGGAAAAGCAAAAUCCUGCAGUGGCUCUUAACGUAGGACUUCCUCGGUACAGACCAACACACUUCGUGGUAUCACUUGUCUGAAGUUGAGAUUUGCACUAAGUCUAAAAUAAAUCCUUAACCCUGUGCUAUCUUGCACAUUUUAAACAGAUACAAUGCUUUCUUUAAGGAUAUUUGUAAGAGUAUGCAUUGUGAGAAUAACUGAUUUUAGUAUUAUCCUUUCAUGCUGAACGGAAAGGGGGGAUCCUUUGCCUCCACAUCCGAGAGGAAUUAUUGAAAAUGUGAAAAAAACACAGAAAUCGUGGGAUGGAGGUUGUGUCUGGUUCUAGGGCUAUGUUUUUUCUUCUGUGAGGUUCAUUGCCAUGGCACUAAUUCUGUUCCCCUGAUCUUCCAUGGGCAACUGAGAUGCAGCUGAAAUCUAGUAGUCUUCCUCAGCAUCUGCAUUUAGAUGAAGUACGCUCCUUUUGGUCAGUAAGAAACACUGUGGCACUGGCAGAGUAUUUCCAGCUCCAGCAUCGAAAGAAUUACCUGAACAAUAAGUACUCCUAUCUGCAGUUUUAUUGCUUUCUCCAUUAUGUGACUAAUCUGAAAAAGGAUCAGAUCAUGCUUCUGUUUGACUUGCUGGACCGAAAUGGGAGGGGGAGGAUUUGCUCUAAUGGGUGUUACCUGGUGGCAUGCAUCCUCCUGUCCCACAAGUGUGUACCCCACAGGUCCUGGUGUUGGUACAGGGACAUCUGCAUCAUCCAGCUCCCCUGUAAAGGGAAUCAGCUCACUACAGCCAAUCUUUACACAUGGAUGGAGAAAAUCCCUGGAUCUCGAUGUGGCUCUCCUACUGCUGCGGAGAAAAGGAAAGCAGAGAAACAAACAGUCCCACUGUUAUUUGAAGCCACAAAGUUUCUCUUCAACAUCCAGAAAGAAGAACUUAAGAAGAUACUCAAGGACUUUGAUAUUUCUGGAGACAAGCAAGUGAACUACAGGGAAUCCAAGGUGCUUGCAGUCUUCUGCAUUGACAACAACAAAAAAAGGAAAGAAAUCAUGAACAGCCUCCCUGUGGGAUCAGUGAGCUCCUAA